AUGGAAGAAGCUGUUGCUGAGAUUGGUCGGGUAAUGGCCAGCAAUCCAUCUACUCGCUAUCGACCCGGAUGCCGCCUCGCCUUGAGCAAGAGGGUGUUUUUCCUCACGGGUUCCGUCCAGUUUCUUUUACUUCUUGGCUCGAAUGAUAUCAAGGGCUGCCAAAAGAAACUUGUGGAACAGCUCACUCAGUUGAUUCAAGAAAGUCCUGGUCCACCUACUCGAAGACUUAUUGCCAACUGCUUAGCGACGCUCUUCAGUGUCGGGGAUACUUUUCUGCUCUUCGACACUGUGAACAAGUGUAAUGAUAUUUUGAAGAACAAAGAUGAUUCACCAAGUUUUUUACCUACAAAGUUAGCUGCUAUAUGCUGUGUUGGUUUUAUGUAUGAAAAGUUAGGACGAAUGAUGGGAAGGUCUUAUGAAGAGACUGUCACAAUUUUGGUUAAAUCCUUGCGAAGUGCAGAAUCUCAAAUGAGGAUUGAAAUAAUGACAACUUUAGAAAAGGUUUGUUGUGGAAUGGGCUCUGCGAUUGUAAAUAUGCAUAAGGAGAUUUUUAAGGCGGCCAAACACUGCCUCACAGACAGGGUGAUGGCUGUUAGGUGUGCAGCAGCAAAGUGUUUAUUAGAAAUGCUGAAUCAUGCCUCUUUUAUGUACACUACAGAACUCGAAAGUUUGGCAACUCUUUGCUUUCGAGCUUUUGAUGGUUCUAAUUACGAAGUGAGGUGUGCUGUUGCUAAACUCCUAGGGGCACUUAUUGCUACUACACAGACCUCACAACAGCAGCAGCCUCCAGCAAAAACUAACACUACAGCUCACCCUUCAAAGAACUCUGUAAAAAACAUGUCUUUGGAAGAAGCGUUGGGUGUUCUUAUGUCUGGUUUCCUCAGGGGUGGUAUUGGAUUUUUAAAAGGAACUGGUGAAAUCAUCAAAGGGAGUUCUGGAGUAAAUAGGGAAAUAAGAGUUGGAGUAACACAUGCCUAUGUUGUUUUUCUACAAACAAUGGGUGGAGAGUGGCUAGAACGAAAUCUAAGCACUGUUCUGAAUCAUAUAUUGGAACUUGUUGCAAACCCAAAAGCUGCGUCAUCUCACGUAGAUGCAGUUUAUUCAAGAAAGUGCAUAUCAUUUAUUCUUAGAAGUUCCUUGGGUAGAAUGCUUGGAGAAAGGGCUCAGGUUUCUGCUGCUAAAGAAGUCGCAACUAUAAUCACAUCACAAAUGAAUUCUAUUGAUUUGAGCCUAGAAAAUGCGAAAGACUGUAAUCAAGAAACAUUAUUUGGACAGCAUUUGAUGGUUUGUGCCCUUCAAGAACUUGCAAAUCUAAUAUUAUCUCUUGGAACUACCUCAAGCAGCCUUUUUACUGACCAAGCAAAUAAUUUGCUAGAUUGCAUUCUUUCUGUUCUAUUACACCCUUGCCAAGCUGCUCGUCUUGCUGCAGCUUGGUGCUUAAGAUGUAUAUGCAUCGCAAUACCAAGCCAGAUAACACCUCUGAUUGACAAAUGUAUUGAAGGUAUUGAAAAUUCAAGGACAUCGCCUGAGGCCAUAUCCGGCUAUAGUAGUGCAUUGGCUGCUGUUCUUGGUGGUGUAAGACUUUCCCCAUUGGGUGUCCCUCAUAACAAGGGAAAGGUAAUAUUUAAUACUGCUGAGGAGUUGUUAAGAAGUGCAAGCCAGAACAGUGUACCGGUUGUCAAGGGACUCCUUCCUCGUAUGUUAUUGCUUUGGAGAAAUUCAUUUCCUCGAUCGAAUAAGGAGCUGGACUCUGAAAAGGCAAGAGGAGAUGCAUUUACAUGGCAGGUCACACUGGACGGCAGAGCUGGUGCCCUAUCAGCAAUGCAUAGCUUUUUACAAAAUUGUCCAGAACUUUUAACUGAUGACAUUGCUAAAAGAAUUUUAACACCUGUAGAAUCAGCUUUGGCAAUGCUUUCAAACAUAUCUUCAGUUCUGAAAUCUUAUGGGCAGCAUUUGAAGGCACCAGCUGCUAUGGUUCGAUUGCGAUUGUAUGAGACACUCAGUCUGCUGCCUCCUCAGCUGUUUGAAGGUUCGUACACUCAUUUAUUGAGGUUACUGGUCUCUGAAUUCACCCUCAGUGAAAAUCCUGCUAAUACAACAACAUCACAGUUAAGGUCUGCAUGUCAUGCUGAUGAUUCAGUAAUUCUUGGAACAUGGCUUCAAGAAACUGAUCAUCGGACUAUUGAAGACCAGCUUCAACACAAUAGUGCUGCUGGUUCAGGAGCUCUUGAACACGACCCCUGUUGUCUUUAUCGAGCCAUUUCUCCUGGAGAAAGUAGUCCUGGGCCACUUCCAUUAGGUGUAGCCGUUAUUGAUGCUUCUGUUAUUUUAUUUGGCUGUGUCUUCCCUAGAGUUAACCAGAAGCAUCGUUUGCAAAUGCUGGAGCACUUCUCUGAAUGUAUAAAAGCUGCUAAGUCUUCAAGGGCUGAUGCUGUGACCCUAAACGUUUUCUCGGCUUUACUCACUGGCCUCAAAGGGCUUACGGAGUCAAAGUCAAUCCUUGGCUCUGAAGAUGUUAAGAAAGCUGCUACAACACUGAUUAUUAGUGCCUUAACAAGCAGCUCUCCGAUUCUUCGAUGUGCAGCUGGGGAAUCCUUGGGCCGCCUCGCACAAACUGUUCCAGACCCAAGGACAACUGCCGAGUUAGCCCAGACCAGUUUCGAUCGAUUAAAAUCUGCCAGAGAUGUUGCGAGCAGAACUGGUCAUUCCUUAGCUCUUGGUUGCCUUCAUCGUUAUGUUGGUGGCCUUGGAUCAUCUCAGCAUUUAAACACAAGUGUUUCUAUAUUAUUAGCAUUAGCUCAAGAUCCUACAUCUCCAAUAGUACAGGUUUGGGCUCUCCAUGCUCUAUUUCUCAUUGCUGACUCUGGAGGUCCCAUGUUCCGUGGAUACGUCGAACCAACUCUCACAUUAGCACUUAAACUUUUACUUAACGUACCACAGUCUCAUGUUGAUGUUCAUCAAUGCAUUGGAAAAGUUCUUAGUGCUAUUAUUACAACUGUUGGACCAGAACUACAAGGUAACACCAGUACAGUUUGUAUGGCCCGAUCUUCAUUGUUAUGUGCUUGUGCAAUCAUGCAAGAUCAUCAAGAUCCACUUGUUCAAGCUGAAGCCACGUCUUGUCUGCAACAGUUGCAUCUAUUUGCCCCAAGGCAUGUGAAUCUCUCAUCCCUGGUUCCUACACUUUGUGGUACUUUGUCGAGUAAUCAUUUAUUGCUCCGGAAAGCAGCAGUAGCUUGCUUAAGACAGUUGACUCAAAGAGAAGCAAAAGAAGUAUGUGAGCAUGCUCUUACACUAGCGAAUGAAAAUAGAGAAAACAAUUCCGUUGAAGGUCUAGUGAUUACUGAAACAGGUCUUCCUGGCGUGCUGUUUACAAUGCUCGAUACUGAAACAGACCCAAGUCUCAUUAAGCACAUCCACGAUACUCUGACGAGUAUGCUUCAAGUUUUAGCAGCUGAUAAUCUCUCUCAAUGGUUAUCACUUUGCAAAUCUGUUUUGACUGUUGCCAAUGAUACUGCUUCCGGAGAGCAGGAAGGAAAUGUGCCGGUUGCUGACGAAGGUUCUGAUGAUGAAGGUGAUGAUGCAGAAUUCCAUGCAGGUGAAUUAGCAAGGGUGACCAUUCAGCCAAGAUGGCCAACAAGAGUUUUUGCCGCUGAUUCUGUUUCCAAAAUCAUAACUACUUGCAAAACUCAUAAAGGAGCGCAUUUUGAUCUUGCUCUGGCUAAAGAAAUGCAGAUGUCAAAACACAAAGGUGAUUAUUUGGUGCUCCACUUGUCUGAUUUGGUGAGAAUGGCUUUCAUGGCAGCUACAAGUGACUGUGAUCAGUUGCGCCUACAAGGUUUAAGCCUCCUUAAUGAGAUCAUUGAAACUUUUGCAAGAGUUCCCGAGCCGGAAUUCCCAGGACAUCUUCUUCUUGAACAGUACCAGGCACAGGUGAGUGCUGCAUUGAGGCCAGCUUUCACUCGAGACACUCCAUCUCAUGUGACGGCAGCUGCUUGUCAAGCUUGCUCGGCUUGGAUAGGAAGUGGUGUAGCUCGGGACCUCAGUGAUCUCCGAAGAGUUCACCAGCUACUUGUGUCAUGUUUGGAUCGUUUAAGAGCUUCAGGGACCACACCUUUGAUUUACAAUGAAAGUAUGCUCACUCUUGAAAGACUGGCUAUUCUUAGGGCAUGGGCAGAGGUAUACAUUGUUGCUAUGGUUGGAAGUAGUACUUCAGCUGGUAACUUGAAUCCUUCAAACCUUCCCAAUAAUGACACUUAUGCCAAUGGUGAUGAGGAUUUUGGUGAUUUUGAAUCUGGUGGCGAAAGCCUACUCACUCUUGUAUUGCCUGAAUUGACAUCUCUUUCACAGAAUUGGUUAGCGGCACUCAAAGAUCAUGCCUUACUCUCACUUCCUCCAGAAUUUGCCAGCCAGUUACCUCAUGAUGGUGGAGCAUUCUACACAACAGACACAAUGGAUAGCUGCAGGCCACAUUAUGCAGCUUCUUGGCCUCCACUGUUGCAUGCUGCUGCCCUCUGCCCACGGAUGGUAGAGCCUACUGAAAGUGUUAUAACUUGUUUAAAAGCUCUCUUUACACUUCUCGAUUCUGAACUUCCUCGGCAAAUGCUGAUGCUAGACAGAUCAUUAAGCAUUGAGUUGUGUAACGUACUUCACAGAUUACUGUUAACUAGAGAAAAUAUUGAAAUUCAACAAUUAGUUAUGGAUGUCUUGAGUCAAGUUUUAAAAGCAGCUCAGGAAGAACUGGAUACCUUGAAGAAGAAAAAAAUGAAAGAACUUGGCGCUGAAGCUGACGAGAAGAGUGGAGAAUUAGAUAAUGUAGGAGAAGGAGGGGAGUCAGGGGAAUUACCACCUGGCAAAUCCUUGGUCUUUGCUGUGCUGGAGGUGUGCCUCUGCCUGCUGGUUAGCCAACUGCCCCCGCUCAACCCAAGCCCUCAAUCGCUCAGUCCUCGACCACAGAAGAGGCCGCACCCGCCUCUUGUUGCCAGGGCUCUCGACACCAUGGGCAGGCUCCCGACUCUUACUUCUCCUGCUGGGGGAAUCUCGAUACUUCCUACAGUACUUUACCUUACUACAGGCGUAUUGAAAGAGUGUGGAUGGAAAUCUCCUGCCGGUGGAGAGGUGACCGGUGCAUUGCAUUGCCUGCGAGCCUUAGCGUCCCACAGAUAUGCUACUCAUUCCGCUACAACCAAUCAAUGGAAAGCCCUCUUGCAGAGUGCUCUCGCAAAGAUCAUUGACCUUGCUAAAACAGGAGCUGACAUGAGCGAAAUGAGUGAGGGUGACGAAAUCAAGCUGGAUGAAGUGACAAUGAUGACUGCAAUAACAGUAUUUGUUUUACAUGCUCCUCCAGAAGUUGUCUCUGCUCCCAACUUGCAAUAUCCCUGUAUCAAUCAUUUUAGGAGAUGUAUCCAGGGAGAUGAUAUUCAGAUAAAACUGAAAUGUGUACAAAGUCUGAAGACAAUCUUUUCAAGUACUGAUAGGCAAGUUUGUACAAGCUAUGUCCACGCUUUAGCUCCAAGACUUCUAGAAUUACUUCACAACAAGGCUUCCAAACAGGUUUCGACGGACUUAGAGCUGAAUCUGACUCUGGAAACGAUUUGUGCGCUGGAAGCUCUUAUUCAUCUCGCUGAACCUAAACAUAGAAUACAAAUGUUAAAAUUGUUAGUCCCGGAACUCAUAGAUUGUCUACUGGAAGGACCAACUCUGAAAGAAGCUAACAAACAGUGUAAAACACUUCAUGAAAAAAGCCUUCAGUGGCUUAUGAAGAUCGGGCCUCAAUAUCCUCAGGAAUUCAAAACCAUCAUGUCUGAAUCAAGUGAUAUGAGAAGUCGUCUAGAAACAGCAGUCAGGCGGAGUCAAGAAUCACGAAGAAAAGACAUCAUCAGUGGUAAACCACACCAGCCCCAGCUUCAACCACAGGAGCCCACUAUCAAGCUCAAGACUGAUUUCAGAGACUUCGCAGCAUAGGGGCGAAUUUUCAUGUAAAUUAAUGUAUUUGAAAUAUUUCAAAGUGUAAAUUGAUAUAUUUUGAUGUCACAUUAUAUUUGUUGGCUGUUUUAAUCUAGGUGCAUCACUUUGUAAAAGUCAUUACUGCGAAUGUAUUAACACAAAUACUUAAGUUUUAAACUAUUGUUUUAUAUUGCGGUAUAAUUUACUUUUUAUAAGUCAAAAAAUGUUUUCAUGUUCUGCAUUUAAUGUUUAAAAAUUAAAUAUUAGUAUUAAAAUAUUUAUUUAUUAUAAGAAUUUAAAUUUUUAACUUCUCAAGGUUUAUUAAUUAGUAUUUCUUUUUUAAAAAAUGAUGGUUGAAUUGAUAUUUGAUAAUGACAUUCCUCUUCCAAUUUAUUUUAAUUCUUCAUCUAAUAUUAUUGAUGCUUUUACUCGUGUGAAUUUUAAAAUUUUUAAUAUUAUUAAGUCUCUUGAUAAUUUUUUUUUAAAUUUUAUUUAUUUCUAUAGCACUGUUUAGAGUUGUAUUUGGUUUAGUUUCAUAAAAUACUUUAAUUGAAGUAAAUUUAACUUUAAAAAUAAACGAUCGAAACAUAAAGAUAAGGACAGGUGUUUUUGAAUCUGGAGGCAAAGAUGUAUCAUUUUUAAUUCCCUUAAAUACUUAAUUCCCAUAGGUUUAGUUUUGAUAAACAUUGUGCCAACACGUCACUAGUUUUCCUUUUCUUCCAUAAAAACAGUUUCCUUUAGCUAUUGAUGUUUUGGUUGUUACCCGUACGAUUGUAAAUAGGAUGAUCAUUUUUUCCCCGUUAUACUUUGGUAUAGACUGAUUACAAAUGUCUUUCUCGAAGGCAUCUACGUAGUAUGUAUACUUAACACAUGCUAUAGUUUUUAGUAUAGGAUUACAGUAUUAUCUGUGUAAAUAGUUGAUAAGAGUGUGUGUCAAUUUAUAUAAUGUGUGUAUAAUGUAGAAAAGUGUAUAUUGUUAUAGAAUAGGUUAUAAUUGUAGAUAACAUAUUUUUAUGUAUUUAUUUAAACUACUUAUUCUACCAUUAUAUCGAAAACGAGUCUUAUUGAUUUGUAGAAUAUUAAUAUUUAAUUUUAAUAUGUAUAAAAAGGCGUGUAAAAGGCAAAUAUGAAAUUGUUAUACCUGCAAAGAGUUAUGAUAAAAUAAUGACAUUUAAUUUCUGUUAAAUUUUAGACAUUUUAUCAAUGUUAUACAAUAAAAUUACAAAUAAUAGAAAAAAAAACAUUUAGAAAGUAACUGAUCUCUGAUUUUUUGGUAUAUCUGGUCUUAAUAUGGAGCUCAUUUCUUCUACCUUAUGAUUUAUUAGUUUUUCAAAUUUAAGUUAUAAUUAAGAAAGCCUUAUUGGUACUAAAUUUUUCAAUAAAUAAAAAUUUCUUUGUAUUUAUAAUUAUUUUAUUUCUUCCUUAAACUAUUUUUGUUUCUACUCAAAUGAAUUUUUAUAUGAUUAAAAUUUCGUGGUAGAAUCACAAAUUGAUUGGCUUUUAUUUCCAAAUUUUGUAAUUGGGUUUUAUGUUUUUUUUUAGGGAUACAUACAUAUGUUAUACCGAAGGAUUAUAUGUAUAGUAAUACUAUUUGUUUCUUUUUUUUUUUUUACUAACAAUUUUUUUUUUUUGUUCCUGUAUUGAUUUAAUGUUCAUGACUAGACAAAACAGCUCCAUCUCAACCAGAAUUCACUUAAUAUUCAAUUCUGUUUAGUAAUUAAAAAAUAAAAAACAUUUAUUUUAUUUAUUAACUUAUUCACUAAACAGCAAACACUUUGUUCCCAUUUUUUUUUCAAUUUAUUAUCUAGCUUUAUUUCCAUAUAUGUAUUUAAAAUCUGUUUGAACUUUUUGAUACAGAUUAACACUGAACCCAACUAGAGGUUACUCAGCUAUUACAUAUCUCUGUAAAAUUUAUUGUCAGUAAUUAAAAAAAAAAAUUAUAGUCUAAUAUUCUUGUAUUUACUUGAAUAAAAUGAUGAAUGUGUAUUUAUUUCAUUUUAUUUUUGAUAUCUCACAUCUAUUAAUUCCUGAUCUAUAUCUAGUUAAUUAUCUGGAAAAAAAACUUUGGGCAGACUACAUAGAUCGAUUUUGGCCAAAAAUAACUGCUUUGAAAUCUAAGUAGAGUAAUAGCUCCAGAUGUUUAAGGUUUUAUAAAAACUAGGCUUUUACUAUUCCAAUAUGCUGAAUAAUAACUAAGUUUUAACUUCUUAGUUAAAACAAAGAUUUUGUUCAAGAAGAAUUUGAGGAAUCUAGUUAUUAAAUGAAUGUUUAUAGCAAAUUUUGAUCUUUUCUCUUUAUUGCACAUAGAUCUAUAUUUCUUUUGCUAUCUUCUUCAUUACAUAAAUAUAUCUCAUAUUCCAAAAGUUAUUGAAAGGUAUUUCUUCAGUCCAUUCUAAUCAUGUUAAAGAUGACUAUACUUACAAGAAUUAUAAUUAUACGAUUUCAGCACUGUAAUUUAUUUUAAUUAAAACUAUAUAGCUAUAAGACAAAUAUUUAAAAUAUGAAAUCCAUGAUUUUUCUUUUCAACUAUAAGGCCAAAUAAAUUUAAUUAACAAAAAUGGUCCUAAAAAGCUUCUUUUGAGCUUUGAAAGAUCCGAGCGAAAGUGAAAAUUAAAAAAAUGAUCCACCAGGUGAGUUAUCAGAUUUUUAUUUAUGUAUGAAUUUCAUGUUUAAUUGUUGUAAUCUGAUGUUAUUGAUCCUCAGAUAAACAAAUUCAACUGCUUGAAUUAAAUGCUGAGAUCUAGAAUUGUUUAAGCUAAAAAAAAAAUAAGUUAUAAUAAAUAAAAGCAAGUCAAUACUGGCAAAUGAGAAAUUUAAAAAGCUUAUGGAGUUGGCAGUUUAUUUUGAAUUUUUGCAAGGAAAAGUUUAUAUUUUUUGCUUAUAAUUUCAAUGAAAUUGAAACAAUGUCUAAAUAAAGAAUUAAUAAAAACAUAUAUAAUAUAUACAACCACUUAUCACAAAUAAAUAUAUUUAUUUAAUUGCACUACCAAUAUAAUAUUUGAGGAUUUCUUUCAUAAUUGCUUCAGUCUGAGCAUUAAUCCUAAAGUUUUAAAUAAUAAUUAACUAAAUCAGUUAAUUAUUACAAAGAGAAAAUUUGAAAGAUGUUUUAUUAAUGGUUUCAAUUUUUCCUAUUUAGCAGUUAACAUUAUUUUAUUAUAAUUAUUCUUUGCACUAGCGGAUCCAGAAUUUCAUUUUGGGAAGGCUUCAGCCCGAAAGCUUUUUUUUUUUCAUAUAUAUAACGAUACUUAAUUUUUUUGAAAAAAGGAAAGAAAUUAACUACCUAUAUGAAAUAGUGUUAAAGUGGUUCUUGAAGUUCUAUCAAAUGUAAUUACACGAACAUUAAUACUUUAAGAGAUAGUUUUUAACAUUUUUUUUUCUAUAAAACACGGUUAUAUUUUACCAUUUGGAGGGGAGGGGGCUUCAGCCCGAAAGCCUCCUCCCCUCCCCGUAGAUCGGCCUGUGAUUCUUUGUACAUCCAUUGACCAAGAAACAGUACUUCCUUACAAAGUACAGAACUCAAUACCCCCUACAUGGGUUGAAGUGGUACAGAUCUAUUCUUCUUUUAAUUACAGUAAUUGAACUGUAAAGAAGGGAUCAAUUGAAAAAAAAAAUUAUGUGCCUUUUUUGUAGUGUAUAAAAGCUUCAUAAAAAACAUCAUCAAUUUUUUUUUUAAUAAAUAUUCUUUCUUUUUCUGAAAAACCUCUUAAUCGAUCGGCAACAGUCUUGGCAUACCUAUCUUCAGUAUCUUCUAGUCGAUCCGUAGCACAUGAUGAUAGCAAUGAAGAAGAAACAGAUAGUAGUGCAUCACUUACAACAGAUGCUGCUAAAUCAACAUGAUCCAGUUUCUUCUUUUUUUUACUCUGAGUAGGCCCAUUUGAGAAUGGAGGUGGCGCCUCAUUGAAUGCAUGACGGGUAUAUUCCUUCCUAAGAUUCCCCUCAGGACUAAUUACAAAACUUCCUUCAAAUGAAUCUGUAUCCUCUUCGGGAUUCUGGGUAAGCUCAGAGGCUCGUUCUAUCGAGUCUUUUAAAAACUCCAUCUCUUUGUAAUAGAAGAGAGAAGGAGUGUAUACCAUGUCCUUUGGAAUUCCACUUUUCAUUGAAUUUUCCUCCCUCUUUUUUUCCAACAAAUAGGUUUGCCUUAUGGCAUUCCACUUUUUUUUUAUUUCAUCUAUGGAAGUAUCUGGCCUGACGAAGUGGAGAGCUUCUUGACAUUCAAUCAACACUUGCUGUCUUGCAUUCCGUGAUUUGUACCACGGAUGUUUAUAAUCGUAUAGAGUAGGCCUCUCCUUUAUUAUUUGAAUCAAUUUUAACACUUGUUCCCUAUUCCAACCUGACAUUUUAAUUUCUAUAUUUAUACAAAUAAAAAACAGAAAUUACAUGAUAAUUGAUACAGUUAGACAAAGUUUGAACAUAGUUUUGUUUAGAAGAUUAGUAUAUCUGGUUGACACGAGGAGCGCUACUAUUCUUUGAUCAUAUUCACCAAACAUUUUAAACGAUAAGUUUUUUGUUCAAACCACAGGCGGAUUUACGGGGGAGGGG